UUGCUCGAGCAAUCAGGACCUUCUCAGCUAGAGGCAUGGACCCACAAAGGUACUCACAGUUCAUUUCCACUGAAUACUGCUAUUCUUCCUGGCAAUUAUUUUUCCAACUUUUUUCUGCAGAAUGCACUUCCUGAGGAUGAAUGGUUUGUUGAAACUGCAAAGACAGCCAUCAAUAAACUUCUGUUAGGAACAUCUAGGUCAGACAUCUGAGAUAACGAGGACCAUAUUAUCCUACAUGACGAGAUGGCCUCCGACUCCAACGACACUGUUUUUUCCCUUUCAUCAGUAGAAUCAUUUGAAUCUUUUGCUUCUACAAGAUGAGCAAGGCCCUCAUUGGUUA